GAGAGAGAAUGAAGUUCUUUUCUUUUUUUAGUUGCUCCCCCCCUCUCUCUCUCUAAGCUCACAGAAUCGUUAACUCCUCACAUAGGCUUGGCGGUGGAAGUGUGGAACUCUAUUUCUGUACUCUCCAGAAUGCAGUAACAUGAGCAAAGUGCGCAUUGCACACGACCGCCACCUGUUAUGAAUCCCACCACCGAACCACCACCAGCACUGCCGCGGCCACAACCUCCGCAACCCCACCGCUCAUCUUUCAGCUGCGACCGACACCCAGAUGAGCAGUUCACCGGCUUCUGCCCCUCAUGCCUUUGCGAACGCCUCACCACCCUAGAUCAGUCCUCCUCCGCCUCCACCUCCACCUCUUCCCGAAAACCACCCUCCUCCGCCGCCGUUGCUGGCCUUAAAGCCAUCUUCAAAGUCCCCGGCGGAGCAAUUACCGAAAAUAACAACAGAAACAGAAACAAACCUUCUUCUUAUUCUUUCUUCCCGGAGCUCCGCCGUACGCAGUCGUUCUCCGCCUCGAAAAACGAAGGCUUUUCCGGCGUGUUCGAGCCCCAACGCAAGUCUUGCGACGUUAGGGGUCGGAGCACGCUCUGGACCCUCUUCAGCCAAGACGACGACCGUAAGACUACGAAGAACGAUCAUCCCAUCGAAGUCGAGACUCGAAACCUAGGAUUAGUCUCCUCUUCCGUCACCGGUCCAGUGCUCGAGUCGAAAGAAGAGGAUGAACACGAAGACCACCACGAGGACGACGGCGACGACGACGACGACGAUGGGGAGGAAAUUAGGGUUUCCGAAGAGCCAAGUGCGGCGAACACCAUCGAAGAAACAGUAGGAGAGAUCGUCGAGGAGGAUCACGAGGAGGUUAAGACGAUGAAAGACCACAUAGAUCUCGAUUCGCAGCCUAAGAAGCCCUCAGGGAGGGACUUGAAAGAAAUUGCAGGGAGCUUUUGGUCGGCGGCGUCUGUGUUUAGCAAUAAAUGGAACAAAUGGAGACAAAAGCAGAAGCUGAAGAAGCGAAACGCCGGCGGCGAGUCCACAUUGCCCAUCGAGAAGCCCAUUGCUCGGCAGUUCCGCGAGACGCAGUCGGAGAUCGCCGAUUAUGGCUUCGGACGGCGGUCUUGUGAUACUGAUCCUCGGUUCUCGCUCGAUGCCGGACGGAUGUCCUUGGAUGACCCUCGGUACUCGUUCGACGAGCCUAGGGCUUCCUGGGACGGGUACUUGCUCAGCCGGAAUUUUCCCCGGCUUCCUCCGAUGGUUUCAGUGGUGGAGGAUGAUCCGGUGGUGCAUGUCUCCCGGACCGAUACUCAAAUUCCGGUCGAAGAGCCGAUCAAUGGUGUCAAUGACGAGCAAACCCUCCCUGGAGGGUCAGCUCAAACUAAGGAAUACUAUUCAGACAACUCUAGGAGGAGGAAGAGUCUUGAUAGGUCUAAUUCGAUAAGGAAGACCGCGGCGGCUGUAGUAGCUGAGAUUGAUGAAAUGAAAGGGGUUUCAAAUGCGAAGGUGUCACCUGCAACUAUUGAUUACUUUAAUGGAACAAAGUUGUUAGUGGGGGAUAGAGAUUUGAGGGACAUGCACUCAAAUUCAUUGAGAGAUGAUUGUUCGGAGACCUUUGAACUAGGUUUUGGAGAUAAUGCUUCGGUGGUUGGGAAUGGGGAGCCAAAGGGGUUGAAGAAGUCCCGCCGGUGGAGCAAAGCAUGGAACAUUUGGGGUUUUAUACAUCGGCGUAGUGGAGGGAACAAGGAUGAAGAAGAAGAAGAGAACUAUAGCAGAGUAAAUGGGGUUGAGAGGUCGUUUUCGGAGUCAUGGCAAGACAUGAGGAGGGAAGGUAAUGGUGAUGCAAGAGGGGCUUUUAAUAGAAAGGUGUUUCGAAGCAAUAGUAGUGUGAGCUCAAGGAAUUCCUAUAACAUUGGUGGAUCAUUUGGCAUUGUAGGGAAGUCGAGUGUAGAGACAAAUGGACAUGGUAAAAAGAGGAAGGAUGAGUUUGUUUUUGAGCGGAAUCGGAGUGCUAGGUAUUCUUCUAAUGAUGUUGAUAAUGGCCUCUUGAGGUUCUAUUUGACGCCUUUGAGGAGCAGUCGAAGAGGUGGACUGGGGAAAAAGAUGCCGGAUAAGUCACAUUCACUUGCAAGGAGCGUGUUGCGACUGUACUGAAAUUGAAGUAUCUGCUUGUUUGGUCUUCAAAUGUUCCACAAUCUUUUUACCCACCUUGGCAGCAGCAUUGAAGCUUAUGGCCGGCUAGGUUUCCCGAGGAAUGGAUAUUUGCGAUUGCAGGAAUCAAUGGCUGUUUUUUCAAGAAAAGCUGGGGUAAUCAUGUGGUGAUCUAGAAAGUAAGCAACUUAUGUAAACUAUAGGAACUUCCGAGAGAGCAUGGAAGCAGUCUUGAUUCUAACAACUGGGGUCUGUUAACAUCUCCACUUGUUUCUUCCCUUGAUCACAUGAGCAUUAAGUCGUCGUUGUAGUCGGACAGAGUGAUUGAUCAGGUGAUGCUGGUAGAUGAUACUACAUCUUCAAGCUUUGUAUCCAUACAAGGGAUGAUGAUAUGAAGCUGGUGAGUUAGCUCUGAAAACUUGAUACAUCAGGCUACUACUGAAUCAGUAGUAUAUCUAGUACUCAAGUCCAGAGAAUUAUAAUUCAGAAGUGAUCAGUUAUUUCCUGCAUCCUUUAUGUCCUCGUCCUACUUAAAUUUAUUGUGGAGUUGUAUCCUGUAAUGGUAAUCGGUUAACAAUGAAAGAUGAAUUGGUGGAUUUUUUGAAAUAGGAAAUAUCAUUAUUGGUCUCGGUUCCUUCAUUUCCUUGUAAAUCAGUAACAAAAUGGCAAAAAUUUGCUUGAGCUUUAGGAUGGGGUUUAUGCUACAUAUUUGAUUUUAAACUGUGUAAUGUAAAAGUAAUGAGUUGGAAUAAAAUUCUUUUCCAGUAAA